UUAACAUAUUCAUUUAAAUGUGUAUGAGCAUCCAUAGCUCGGUGACCUAAUACAGGCAUUUCGCUCGACCCCGCGCCGCUGUGGCAAGGAGCUGCGCGAUCAAACGUCGUUUGGAACGGCUCGCUCGCAUUAGUGCGCACAUCGACUCCUAUCCACUUACAAAACAAAUAAUUGUCAAUGUAAUCUUUUAUUUUGAUUAAGUUUCACUGCGUUAUCGAGUAAUAUUUUAUAAUUUGUGUUGAUUAUGAAUGAGUACGUCAGAGGUCAACCCACAAUCUUAUCUUUCUUCGCUGUUUAAAUGUUUGUGCUUUAGAUGGAAUGAAGUCAGUUAACUUCAAGCGGUUUAUGGAUAUAGUAUUUUGAAGUGUGCAAUAAAAUAUUAUUACAUUUAUUAUAAAUCAAUUUGUAUUUUACAUUGUGCACCGUGAUAGACAGUUGUUUGGUGUUCUUAAGUGUUAUUCGGUGUCGUGUCGUUAAAAUGCCUAUUCGUCGCAGUAAGGUUCAAGUUCUUGUAAAAUGGAUAUUCGAGAACCAGCACAAGUUGCAAACAGUGCGGUAUUGCAGUUCGUCGCUGCGGUACAAGGAGUUGGAGGACAGCGCUGCGCAGCCGCAGCCCGAACACGUGGCGCCACCCGCGACCGCGCCCUCCCACAAGCCACGCCCACAUAUUACACCGGAAAUCUCUUUCAAGUUCGAUGACCUGCAAGUGAGGCUCGCAGCUCCAUAUCAGCUGCAACCAAAACCUGAAGCGAAGGAACUGGGCUUCGGAAAAUAUUUCACCGAUCACAUGCUUAAAAUAUACUACCACAAAGAGCUCGGUGGCUGGCAGAAACCAGAGAUAAUGCCAUUUGAGAAUUUAAAUAUACACCCAGCUGCAAAAGCACUACAUUAUGCGAUACAACUGUUUGAAGGACUAAAAGCUUACCGAGGCGUCGAUGACAAGAUCCGGUUGUUUCGACCAGACCUGAACAUGGAAAGGAUGAACCUAGCGGCGCAGCGCUCCGGCCUGCCCAUGUUCGACGGAGAGGAGCUCAUCAAAUGCUUCACAAGACUCGUUCAAAUCGACCAGGAAUGGGUGCCGCACUCCGAAACUUCUACAUUGUAUAUCCGACCAACGCUCAUAGGAAUAGAGCCAACAUUUGGUAUUAUGGCGCCCGAGUCUGCGUUGCUGUUUGUGAUUCUGAGUCCAGUGAGCACUUACUACAAGGCCAGCACCGACGGUGCGGUGUCCAUUUUUGCCGACCCUAAUGUAGUGCGUGCGUUCCCCGGCGGCGUUGGCAAUAGAAAAGUCGGCUCCAACUAUGGACCUACUAUAGAGGCGACAGCGCGGGCGGCUAAACUAGGCCAUCAUCAAGUUCUGUGGCUGUUUGGGCCCGAUCACGAACUCACCGAAGUCGGAGCGAUGAAUAUAUUCAUGGUUUACAUCAAUGACCAAGGAGAGAAACAAUUGAGCACCCCGCCAUUAAACGGGCUGAUUCUACCAGGCGUGACGCGUCGCUCCAUCAUAGAGUUAGCCAGCGAGUGGGAUGAUUUAACCGUCAAGGAGGAAGUAAUUACUAUGCAAAGGGUUAUCCAAUUGAACAAGGAAGGCAGGUUGCUGGAGAUGUUUGGCGCGGGAACAGCCGUGAUUAUAAGCCCAAUAAGCAGGGUUGGGUUCUUGGAGCAGGACAUUUCAAUACCCACAAUGAAGCAAGCCCAGCCGGUGUUCCAGCGAGUGAAGGACACGCUGCUGGCGAUACAGUACGGCCACAUGGAACAUCCUUACGCUAAAGUGAUCUCAUAGUGAUCAGCCGGGGCACCUUCAGUGCGUGUGGUUCCUUAAAAACUGUUAACUUACAGACUUAUAUGGUGGACUUGCAUCAUCCAAGUGAAGAGACAAAAAACUUUCGGUGAGCAGAAGUUCGGACAAUAAUUGGUGUUAUUUAAUUGAUAACGUUUAAAGAUAAGUUAAGGUUACAUUGAACGGGGAGGCGAGCAAUGUAUGACUGGCCAAAUAAUGCGCAUUUACGUUCACAAAAAUAUUUAAUUAGGUCGUUACCACUAGUACCAUUACACAGAUAGUUAUUCAGUAGUUAUUUAAAACUGUCGGUGGUGUAAAAUAGACUUAAUUAGAUGUGUAAGUAAAUUUGCAAUUUCUGUAUUGUUCUAGAUUUUCCUUACCAAAGCAUAAACUAAACACUAAUGAUCACCGUGGACGUCGUAUCUGUUGUUUUGUCCGUCACAAUUUUUAUAUAAUUCUAUUUUUUGUUAAGUUGAAGUCUACAGUCGACCUCUUCAGGAUUACUAAUAUAAAAAUGCACCAAUGAAGUUAAAUAGAAAUGAAGGAACAAUAAGAUUUAUAAAUACACCAUAUUACAUAUAUGACAAUUAUAAUUGCAGAAUAUUAGAGUAUCAAAAGCAAAGUAAAAAAUGAUAGCUAAAUAAAAUAUGUUCUUACAUGUAGCUACGUAUUUUGAAAGUAACAUUAAUUUUUUGAUUACUUUUAAUUCGUAUAAAAUAUAUGGAUGUAAUAUAAGUUACAAUUUUGUAUAAAAAUAUUUAUAACAAAUCUUGCCAAAACUGCUAAGUACUUUUGUAUUAUAUUAAGAAAAUUGACUUUUGGCACAUUAGUUCAUUAGCUAUAUAUUUAUUAAAAAAAAUCGAACUAAGUUAAAUACUGAUAAAACCUAUAUUAUUAUAGAGAUGUGAAAAAUAUUUUAAUAAUUUUCUACAACAAAGAAUUUCUUUUUAUAGUUUGAAAUACGUUUAUGUAAAUAACGUCUCUAAAUCAAACAAAAUUCAAUAAACAAUGUGAUAUUAUUGUGUAAUUAAUACUAGUCGAGUGUAUCGAGCUUGCUCUUGACCUUUAAAACUGGGUUCUUACCAGAUUCCCAACUUUGUAUAAAGAUAAAACUAAGGUAAUAUUUAUCCUAUAGUUCAAAGACUAUGCAUAAUGCACGAGUUAGAGUAGAUACUUUUCUUUGCGGUCAGUAAGUUAACUAAGAGUAAACUUAUAAUUUAGUUUGUUUGUCAUCUAGUCUAAGAUAAGAUUACUAAGUAAGUGUAAGUUCGUUAAGAUUAAGGGGUGUUUAAUAAAAGGCAACUUUUUCAAUGCAUCUAUGAUAUACUUACAAUGUGAAUGUAAAGCGAUGGACUCGUUAUCGGUUGAUCCCUUUGCUCCUUGUCACCUUUAUCAAAAAAAACUUCACUAGACGACCACAAUAAAUACAACCUUGUAGUUAUUUUAACUAAUUUGUUCCGGGUUUAUAAACCCGUUAGAUUAGAUAACAUAACUAUGUUAGGGAAGGAAAUUAAUGCUUUAUUGCUACCUUAUUGUAUAAUAUUAUAGGUAGUUAUCAAGUUCUCAUUUGCUACGGCGAUUAUAAGAUAGUGUGUACCUUAACUAGUUAAAACUGGUUAAAACUUACACUUAUUGAUAACCGACCUGUGAUGUUGGUUCUCGUUAUUCUUGUUCACUCGUUUACCUAUAUGGUAUUUGUAUGCCGCACCAGAGGAAAAACAUUCAAAGUGUGCAAAUAAUUAUUGAAUGCUUACGCGUAAUAUCAUGUGAAAACUAUAGCACUUAGACAAAAGGUCACAUCAAGUUACAUUUUGUGAACGCGUGUUUGUACUCUUGUAGUCUGGAAUAGGGUGCAUACUAUGUCAACAAACAACUCGCUUUUCAGUUUUUGUAGUUAUUGACUACGAUUACGCAAUAAAAGCAGCGUUCGUUUUUUGAUGUAGCAAAUGAAACCAAUUUACCAUUGUAAUUGUGACAUUAUUUAUUAUCAUUCUAAUAAAAAUCUUACAAAAACACCAAAA